AGCUUCGUUGCGGGGGGAUGAAAUCCAUCCCCCAGUCCCUCGGGAUGUCCCCUUUCCUCCGGUCUGGUUUGCAAAAGGAACACGCAGGAUGGCGCUGCGGGCCGCGGCGCUGGCGGUGCACGCCUGCCUCCUGGCCGCCCUCCACCCCGGAGACCCCAACGUCUGCAGCUACUGGGAGAGCUUCACGGCGGCGGUGAAGGAGUCGUACGCCAAGCCCCACGUCGUGGCCUCCGCCGAGCCCUGCACCAGGGUGCUGAGCUUGUCCCAGCCCUGCCUGCAGCAAAGGAUCGUGUACCGCACCGAGUACCGGCAGGCGGUGCGCACCGACUACCGCCGGCGCUACCAGUGCUGCCUGGGCUACUACGAGAGCAGGGACGUCUGCGUCCCGCGCUGCACCCAGGAGUGCGUCCACGGCCGGUGCGUGGCUCCCGAGCGCUGCCAGUGCGAGCCGGGCUGGAGGGGCGCCGACUGCUCCAGCGAGUGUGACGAGCGGUCGUGGGGCCGGGACUGCGGGCACCGCUGCGACUGCCACCACGGGGCCCCCUGCGACCCGCUGAGCGGGGUCUGCGCCUGCCCCCCCGGCUUCGCCGACCCGCUGUGCCGCCAGCCCUGCCCCCCGGGCACCUACGGCCAGGGCUGCCGCCUCCGCUGCCCCUGCCACCACGGAGCCCCCUGCAACGGCUCCACCGGCGCCUGCCUCUGCCCCCUGGGGCUCGCCGGCCCCCUCUGUGAUGUGCCCUGCCCCGAGGGGAUGCCGUGCGACAGCCACUGCCCCUGCCAGAACGGGGGCAUCUGCCACCCCCCCGGCUCCAACACCUGCGUGUGCCCUCAUGGAUGGAUGGGGGACAUCUGCUCCACGCCGUGCCCCCCCGGGCGCUUCGGCCCCGGCUGCCAGGGCGAGUGCCGCUGCCACAACGGGGGCCGCUGCGACCCCCUGGGGGGGCAGUGCCAGUGCGCCCCCGGCUUCACCGGAGAGCAGUGCCAGGAGCGGUGCCCGGUGGGCAGGUACGGGCAGGACUGCCGGGAGAGCUGCGACUGCGCCAACGGGGGCCAGUGCUUCCACGUGGACGGGGCUUGCCUCUGCGAGGCCGGCUUCCAGGGCAGCCGCUGCGAGGAGCCGCGCUGCCUGCCCGGCCUCUACGGCCUCCACUGCCAGAGCCGCUGCCUCUGCCACCCCCAGCACAGCCUCAGUUGCCACCCGCUGCUCGGGGAGUGCUCCUGCCGCCCAGGCUGGGCCGGGCUCUUCUGCAACGAGAGCUGCCCCCCCGGCUCCUUCGGGGCCGGCUGCCUGCAGUCCUGCCUCUGCCUCAACGGGGGCACCUGCGACGGGGCCACCGGCCGCUGCCACUGCCCCCCCGGCUACACGGACGAGCACUGCUCCUCCCUGUGCCCCCCUGACACCUUCGGGGUGAACUGCUCGGGGCGCUGCUCCUGCCAGCACGCCGUCGCCUGCUCCCCCACCGAUGGCUCCUGCUCCUGCAAGGAAGGCUGGCACGGACCCGACUGCUCGGCGCCGUGUCCCGCCGGCACCUGGGGCCCCGGCUGCAACCGGAGCUGCGACUGCGCCCACGGGGCCGCCUGCAGCGCCCAGAGCGGGACCUGCAGCUGCUCCCCGGGCUGGCACGGCCCCCGCUGCCACCAGCCCUGCCCGAACGGGACGUUCGGCGCCGGCUGCGGGCAGCGCUGCGACUGCGCCCACGCGGACGGCUGCGACGCCGUCACCGGGGAGUGCCGCUGCCUGCCCGGCUGGACAGGGCCGCAGUGCAAGCGGGGCUGCCCGCACGGCUUCUGGGGCCGGGGCUGCGGCCAGCCCUGCUCCUGCCGCAACGGAGCGUCCUGCUCGCCCGAGGACGGAUCCUGCACCUGCGCCCCGGGCUACCGCGGCCCCAACUGCCAGCGCUCCCUGCCGCCCGCAGCCUGCCCGCCCGGCCGCUACGGCAAGAGGUGCUCGCUGAGCUGCUCCUGCUCCAACCGCUCCUCCUGCCACCCCGCCACCGGCGUCUGCCUCUGCGCCGCGGGCUGGACGGGGACACGCUGCGAAGAAGAGUGCCCCCCCGGGACUUUCGGGCUCCAGUGCGAGCAGCUGUGCCGCUGUCCCCAAAACGCCACUUGUCACCCCGUUACCGGCGUGUGCCCGUGUGCCCCCGGCAGGAACGGCCCCCACUGUGAGGCUGCAACCCCCGACCAGCCCUACACCAUCGUGCCCACCCCUCCGCUGGCCUACAGCACCCUGGGGGUGGUGGUCAGCCUGGUGGCCCUGGUGGCUUUGCUGGUGGCCGUGGUGGCCGCGGCGCUGUGCUACCGCCACCGGCAGAAGGGGAAGGAGAACCGGCACCUGGCCGUGGCGUACACGGCGGGACGGACGGACACCUCCGAGUACGUGGUGCCAGACGUGCCGCCGGGCCACGCGCACUACUACUCCAACCCCAGCUACCACACGCUGUCCCAGUGCACGCUGCCUGCCCCCAGCGCCCAGGACAGAGCCAGCUCCCUAAAGGUACCCGGCCCCCAGCUCUUCCCCGGUGCAGAGAGGCCCUACGGCCCCGAAGGCAACGCCACGCUGCCCCCCGACUGGAAGCACCUCGGGGCGCCCCCGCUGGGACCCAGGGGUGGGGGGCACCUGGACCGGAGUUACAGCUACAGCUACAGCUGCAGCCUGGGGAAGUACUACGGCAAGGAGCACCCCCAGGAGGGGCUGGGGGCCAGCGCCAGCUCGUUGGCCAGCGAGAACCCCUACGCCACCAUCAAGGACCUGCCCCCCCUCCUGGCCAAGACCCCCGAGGGCAGCUACAUGGAGAUGAAGGCCCCGGUGCAGCGGGAGAUGUCCUACGCCGAGAUCGGGCUCCUCGAGGAGCCUCCUGCCGGCCCCGAGGAGGAGAGCAUCCCGGGGGGGGCAGAGGGCGCGGAACCAGCCCCGGCCCCCCCCAGCCACUACGACUCCCCCAAGAACAGCCACAUCCCCAGCCACUACGACGUGCCCCCCGUCCGCCACCACCCGCCGUCCCCCCCGCUGCGCAGGAAGGACCGCUGA